AUGGAUUGGCAAAGUAAAAACUGCUCUUGGAUUCUGGCUAGUGUGUUCAAGUGCAGGGACAGAAUUAAGGGAACCAAUACUUGGGGAUCUGCUCUGACCAAUGGCAAAUACAACACAGUUGAGAUUUAUAAUGAUCUUCGUGGAAAUAGAGAGCAUGUUACUUGGAAGUAUGUGUUGCAUCGAAAUUUUGCUAAACCUCUGGCCAAGUUUAUUUUGUGGUUGAGCCUACUGGAUCGAUUAAGUAUCAAGGAUAGAUUGUUGAAGCAUGGAAGCAAUGUUGAUGCUGGCUGUAUUUUUUGCAGGGACAUGGAGACUCUUCAUCACCUAUUCUUUGAAUGUCAAACAACUAACCUAAUUUGGCGCUCAGUUCUCCACCAUAUUGGGUACAACAGGAACCCCAGAGGUUGGUCACAAGAGAAGAUUUGGCUUAACAGUGAAACUAGAAAGAAAGGGUGGCAUAGAGACUUGCUAAAGAUUGCAAUUGCAGAGUGUGUGUAUGGUAUUUGGCGACAUCGCAAUGGUGUAAUUUUUAGCCAGACUCGUGGAUCCUUAUAUUUGGAAGGCAAUAGUUCAUGA